AUGCCACCAAAGAAGAAAGAAGAAAAACCAAAACCACUCAUUGGUCGAGCUGGUGCUAAUCUUAAAAUGGGUAUUGUCGGUUUACCAAAUGCUGGAAAAUCAACUUUUUUUAAUAUUCUUACUAAAUCAAGUGUACCAGCUGAAAACUUUCCUUUUUGUACGAUCAAUCCAAAUGAAAGUCGUGUACCUGUACCUGAUGCAAGAUUUGAUUUUUUAGUUCAACAUUAUGAACCAUUAAAUAAACAACCAGCAUUUCUUAAUGUUACUGACAUUGCUGGUCUUGUUAAAGGUGCAAGUGAAGGACAAGGUCUUGGUAAUGCAUUUCUUUCACAUAUUAAAGCAUGUGAUGGAAUAUUUCAUAUGGUUCGAAUAUUUGAUGAAGCUGAUAUUAUUCAUGUUGAAGGAACUGUUGAUCCAAUACGUGAUAUUGAAAUCAUUCAUGAUGAAUUAAGAUUAAAAGAUCUUGAAUUAGCUAAAAAAGUAGCUGACGAUCUCGAGAAAAAAGUUGUACGUGGUAAUGAUAAAUCAUUAAAAGCUGAUUAUGAAACAUUAACUAAAGUUUUAAGUAUCUUAAAAGACGAGAAAGGUAAUGUUCGUAUGAAUGAUUGGAACGAAAAAGAAAUUGAAGUACUUAAUAAGCAUUUAUUUAAUACAUCAAAACCAAUGAUUUAUUUAUUGAAUAUGUCGGAAAAAGAUUAUAUUCACAAAAAAAAUAAAUGGUUAGGAAAAGUUAAACAAUGGAUUGACGAACAUGAUGUAGGUGCGACCGUAAUACCAUUUAGCGCUAAUUAUGAAUAUCGUCUUGUUGAAUUACCGGAUGCUGAACGUGAAAAAGUUAUCAAAGAAGAAGGAGCACCAAGUGCUUUGGAAAAAAUUAUUCUUGCUGGUUAUCGUGCUUUACAAUUAUGUUAUUUUUUUACAUCAGGAAAAGAUGAAGUUAAAGCAUGGACAAUACAAGUUGGUACAAAAGCACCACAAGCUGCAGGACGUAUUCAUACUGAUUUUGAAAAAGGUUUUAUUAUGGCUGAAGUUAUGAAAUAUGAAGAUUUCAAAGAACAUGGAAAUGAAAAUACUGUUAAAGCUGAAGGAAAAUAUCGUCAACAAGGAAAAAAUUAUACCGUUGAAGAUGGUGAUAUUAUUUAUUUCAAAACCAAUACUGGUGGUGGCUUAGCUGCAGCAAAGAAAUAG